UCUCGAGGAACAUCUAGAUUCUAGAACCAGAUAAUAUGUGCUACCUAUCAUCGCCAUCAGAUGGGAUAGUGCUGUCGCCCAGUGAGCAGCUAGCUAAAAUAGCAGCCCGGCACCUCAAUCAUUUACUCCAUCAGUCCACAGCAGUGUUUUCGGAGUCUGAAACACUUAUCGGUACACGCGAACCAGACCAUACGUUUCACCAUCCAGUCGGGGUCAGUAGGUUCCAGACUUUCUCGAGGAAUUCAUGACCAUUUCCGUCUCCUUGCGUAGAUCUGCCCGCCGUUCGCUAUGGCGCGUCGUACCUCUAACGUCACGCCCAUCCAUCGGAUCGAGUCCGAGUUUCAGGUGCACAAGCUCCACGCUUUCUUCUCAAAGUACGCAUUGUUCAGACAGCUUAAACCCGAAACUCUGCUACUCCUUCCUCGCAUCGAGAUUUGCUAUUCCUUCCUCGCCAAGCCUCUACCAGUUCGGAGACAACCCACACCAACCUGUUCGAAACAUAUCAGCCAGGAUUCGAACCCCUGACCGGAGCUUCGCAAUGUGGUCUGCCGCUGGAACGGCUUCCAGGCCAGCAGACGCUCCAGAGGCAGAGGCCGCGAUCUCCGGGCCUGAACCACGUGUCGGGAGCAAGCUAGAGCAGAGGGAUGAAGCGGAGCUUAAAACGCGUACAGUGGGGGACGAGGAGGGGGAGAGUGGGGGAGGAGGUGAGGGGAGCAUCGGGAGUGUGGAAAGAGGAGGGGGGGGAACGAAGGCGGGGACAAGAGGGUUGGGAGGAGAGCGGAGAUAGCGGGGGUAGAUAGUGAGGGAGGCUGGAGUAAGAGUAGCGGAAGGGAGAAAUGCGAGGAGGAGGAGGCAGGCAGUGAUUGCUGGAGUGCUGAUGGAGAAAUUCGGGCCUCAGAUUGUGAGAGAGGAGUUGGAGGAGGGGCCUGGAAACGGAAGGAAUGAGGACGAAGAGGAGGUGGAGGAAGAGGGGGGGAACGUGGAUCCUCUAUUGGAGGAAGAGGAGGAUCAGGAAGCAGAAGCGAGUGAGGAGGACUCCCCAGCCGCCACAUCUCGUCCCACACGCCCUACUUCACUCAACAGCGCACGUGCAACCUCUCCCUCCUCCCUCCUCUCCCUCUACCGCUUCUUCUCCUCCCACCUCGGCAUCUCCUCCCCUUCCACUGUCGCCUCCUUCCUUGCCUCCUGUCCUGCACUCUUACGUUCUGAUCCCACGAAUGACCUUCUGCCACGUGUCCAUCUCCUCCAAUCAUAUGGCAUAUCACAUGCCCACAUUACCCACAUUACCAUGAAAACCCCAGCCUGGCUCCGAGCCUCCCUUCCACAGGUUACGGAAAUGCUCGAGUUUCUGUUGGCUCGAGGUGUUCGCCGAACCAGAUUGGGCUCUGUUCUCGGACGCGGGCGAGGCUUAAUUUGCUUACAGGCACGUUCAACGAACCUGGACAUUCUGGUGGAGAGAGCAGGGGUUCCUGUGGACAAGCUGGGUGUGAUUGUAGAGAGGUUCCCAAAUUUCUUAAAUCAGAGAGAUGAAUCUUUAGUGAUGCAGCUUGAGCGGUUGUCAGCCUAUUUCACAGAGGCAUGUGGAGGGGAACGGGAAGGAGAGAGCACCAGCACAGGGCACCUGAAGCAGCGAUCCAGUGAGCAGCACGUGGGCAACAACCACCUGGCCAGGCUUAUUCUGAAGUUUCCGGCUAUCCUCACUUGUUCUCCCCACCACAUCGCUAACAGUCUCGCCAUCCUCCAGUCCUUCACUCCCCCAGGUACCCCCUCCAUUGCAGUCCCUGUUCUUCGCAACGCCCCCUCUGUCCUCGCCCUCAGCUCAGAUACUCUCUUAGCUAAGCUCCAGUUCUUUGUGGAGCUGGUGGGGGAGGAGGCGGCAGGGAGGGUGGUGCGGAGCCAGCCACAAGUGUUAGCUCUGUCCAUAGGGAAGAUGCAAGGCAAUGCGGCGUUAUUGAGUGAUUUGAUUGGGAGGGAUAAUGUUGCUCAGGCAGUUGCACGACACCCGCUCCUGUUGGCUUCAAGUGAAGAUAACUUGAAGGGGAGUUUCAGAGGGCUUGUGCGGGAAGUGCAAGAGGCAUUGGAGGGGAGGGAACGAGGAGGGGAAGACAGCUUGGAGGGAGGUGGAAGAGAAGAAUGCCGGGAAGGGGCCAAAGGGUCUCAGGUUCAAAACGCAAUGUUAGACGGCAAGAGAAGCAGGGCUGUCCAAUUGGUGGUGGAUCUAGUGGUUAAGUUCCCUCAGUCUAUCUACUACAGCUGGGAAGGAAACACGAAGCACAAGGUGGAUUACUUAAAGCGGGACAUGGGGCUCUCUAUAAUGGAGGUGCUUGCCUUCCCGCCCUUCCUUAGUUACAGUUUGGAUCGGCGAAUCAGACCACGCCAUGUGGCACUGCUGCGCGUGGGCUAUGUGGUCGCUCCAUAUAAGGUGGUCCUUCAGAAUCUUGGUCGGGACAGGAGAGGGAACUUGAGGGGAGUUCGGAUGACGGGGAGGAAGCAGGUAGAUGUGCGUGGGGAGGUAGAGAGGCCUCAUAAGAUGUCAGAA